CACACACAUCAUCAUCUCUGAUCUGCCCUGCAACCUCCCACCCCACACACUCUCACCUCCCAAUUCCCAAAUCCCAAUUCCCAUCCAUUCGCUUCCGACAAAAUACCCAGCUGUGAAUCCCACACCCCCCUUGUCCCCCCAACGCUCCCAGCCGAGAUUUUUUUCUUCUUCUUCUUCUUCUUCUUCUUCUUCUUCUUUCCUCUUCUUGGUCCGAUCGGGUCACCUGCAUUUGCAUUUGCAUUUGCAUUUACCCCCUGGAUCGGCCGGUCGCUAGCUCUCUCUCUCUCUCUCUCUCUCUCUCUCUCGCUAAUAUAUAUAUAUAAAUAUAUAUAUAUAUCCUGAACAGACAUUAAUUAAUUAAUUUAAUUAAUUAAUUAAUUAAUUAAUUAAUUCCGCACAAAUUGACGCGGACGAACGAGAGCACAAUGUGGGUGUGGGUGCGGGUGGUCGUCCUGCUCGUGUCGGCGUGGCGCGCGGCGGCGACGUCGGCGUCGCUGGUGGGGAUCAACUACGGGCGCGUGGGCAGCAACCUGCCGGGGCCGGCGGCGGUGCUGCCGCUGCUGGCGUCGGUGGGGGUGGGGCGGGUGCGGCUGUACGACGCCGAGCCGUCGGUGCUCCGCGCCUUCGCGAACACGGGCGUGGAGCUGGUGGUGGGCCUCCCCGACCGCUGCGUGGCCGCCGUGGCCGACCCCGACGAGGCUCUGGCCUGGGCCCGCGCCAACAUCCAGCCCUACGUCCCCGCCACCAAGAUCGCCGCCAUCACCGUCGGCAACGAGGUGCUCACCACCAACCCCAACCCCAACCCCAACCCAAACAGCACCGCCACCGCCAAGUCCCUCCUCCCAGCCAUGGAGUCGCUGCACGCCGCGCUCGCGUCGCUGGGCCUCGACCGGGCGAUCGCGGUGACGACGGCGCACUCGCUGGCCGUGCUGGCCUCGUCGUACCCGCCCUCGUCGGCUGUGUUCCGGCGCGACCUGCUGCCCUACCUCUGCCCCCUCCUGGGCUUCCACGCGCGCACCGGCUCGCCCUUCCUCGUCAACGCCUACCCCUACUUCGCCUACGCCGACGACCCCUCCGGCGUCGACCUCAACUACGCCCUCCUCGAGCCCAACCCCGGCGUCGCCGACCCCGUCUCCGGCCUCCGCUACUCCACCCUCCUCCACGCACAGGUCGACGCCGUCUACCACGCAAUCAACGCUGCCGCGGGCGACUCCGCAAAGACGGUGGAGGUGAGGGUAUCUGAGACCGGCUGGCCCUCUGCUGGCGACGCGAACGAGACGGGGGCGACACCGCAAAAUGCUGCCAAGUACAACGGGAAUGUGAUGCGUCUAGUCGCGGAGGGGAAGGGGACGCCCCUGCGGCCCGGGGUGGCGCUCCGGGCCUACGUCUUCGCGCUGUUCAACGAGAACCUCAAGCCGGGGCCGACCUCCGAGCGCAACUACGGCCUCUUCAAGCCCGACGGCACGCCCGUGUAUCCGCUCGGCAUCACCGUCCCGCCGGAUAACUCCACUACGCCCGGCGGCGGCGGCGGCGGCAACGACGGCGGGGGGGAGUCGUCUCCUGGUGGGUCGUCUUCAGAUGGCUACUACAGCAUCUCUAGCGCCCCGGUUGAGGGAUGGAGAGCGCAGAGAGUGAUUCAAGGAACAGUAGGUGUGUUAGGUGCACUGCUGCUUUUAAUUUAAUUAAGUUCCACUCGAUCUUCUUCAGUGUCUCAGAACGGAUGAGGUUGGUAGCUAAUUAAUGCCCUACUGGCUCUACCCGCUUAUCUUUUUUUCCUUUUCCUUUUUUUUUUUUUUAAUUUUGAUUUUCUUGGAACAGGACAUUAAUUAAUUUUCGUGUACUGUUGUAAUUGUAAUUGUAAUUGGUGUAGUUUAGCGGUGGUGAUGAAUUAAUUAAUUACUUAAUUAAUUAAUUAAUUAAUUAAUCGUUGGGGAUUUGAAUCAAA